AUGCCAGAGCAUUUGAAGGUGCCACAAAGUGCGUCGCCAGUUGCAAGAUCGGGAGCUGGUGAUAUCUCGGAACGAGAAUUGUCACGAGAGAGACACAACUUAUAUGCAACGCCUACACGACGCGUACAACGAGUGCCACGCAAACACUUUUGCUCCGCGACGGUAAACAAGUUUACCGCGAAGUACUCAGCGCCCAACCCAAACUUAUCCCGCAUUAGAAGCUGUCUCGAUGAGUAUGCGACCGCAAAGCGUCCCAGAAUUGGACCGAAGGCUGCCUCUAUGGAGGAUCUCACUCCUAAUAAACCCAAGAGAAAUAGAAAAGAAAGGUUAUCUGUGGUGCGUUCGCCUGGUCUCCACAAUGCGUUGGAGGAGAAUGCUGCAGCGAAGAUCAGCCGCUUCAUGUUGGUGGUUACUUGGAGACGUCGUCGCGAAGAAGUCCGCUGCCUCCGAAAAACUUUAGAAUUUCAGGUUUGCUGCUCCGAUCGCCUUCGUAUGCAAAUUGGUGCGUUGAAGACCCUCUUGGAUUCAGACAAUAUGAAGGUUCGCUUGGCGAUGCGUGAAUUGGAAAGACUGAAACAAUUGGUCAAGGAAAAGGAUAUCGAGAAGGCGAUAUUGGAAAGGGAAAAAACUGCGCUAGAACAAGACGUUUGCGCAGCUGAAGACCGCAUGUCUGAAUUGAGCAUUGGAUGGCGAAACACUCGCAAUGAGCUUGAGUGCGCCCGCGCAGCUCACGGCGCAGCGGAACAGGCUUUAGCCCUUGAAAGAGCAGCUGUCAUGGAUGCUCGUGUGCAACGGGAUCACGCUUACCGUCGGAUAAACAUUUUGGAAGACGACUUAACACACCACGAGUCUUUGCUAUCGUCUGCAGAAGAAGAAAAUGAAAAACUGCGACGCGACGUCGACGACCGGCAACGCCUCUUAGAUGACACGUGUCGGCAAUUGCAAAUUGAGAAACAGGCUCGAGAGUUGGUCGCUUCAGAGUGUAGAUCACUUAAAGAACAGGUGUCGCUAGCCACUCAAGAGAGCGUCGCCCGCGCAGCCGAGAUGAAUGAGAUGCGCGCGCACAUCGCUCUCAUUGCGCAAGAGCUGGCCGCCACCAAAGAACAGCUCGCUUGGUGGCCUACACCACUUACUAAAAUGCUUGGAUUCGCUAGAGGUUGGCUACGUCAUCCUAUGUCGCUUCCGGAGGCUGUGCUCUGGACUUUAGCACCUGCAAGGCACGGCUGUUGA